AAAUGUGGUAGCUGACAAUGAUACAAAGAAAUAGCUAUGUACUACUAUUACAUCAACUUUAUUGACUUUUAAUACUAUGUUGUGGAAGAAUGUGAUAACUUCAAAGCUAAAUGGGAUCUACAGUUUAAAAGUUUCAAUCUAUAAGUCUAGUUUUGGUUAUUCGUUUUCAUCGACACAUUUAUAAAUUUUGACUUUAUUUGCAACAAGAACAAAUGGAAUCAAUGCCCGAAAAAAUGAACUUUGGAAAAUCUCUAUUAGUUCCAAGUGUUCAAGAGCUUGCCAAACAGAAACUUACCAAUAUUCCGGCCAGGUAUGUCGUCCAUCCAGGACAGGAAUCUCCGGCUGUAUCUGCUGGAUCCGCGGUACCAGUUGUCGAUGUUCAGAAGUUGAUAUCAGGGGAUUCCAUGGAUUCUGAACGGCAAAAGCUUCACUCAGCUAGCCAACAAUGGGGUUUUCUCCAGGUUAUAAACCAUGGAGUGACACCUUCAAUACUGGAGGACUUUAAGAGAGAGGUUAUAGAAUUGUUCAAACUUCCAAUGGAAGAAAAGAAGAAACUAUGGCAACAGGAAGACAGCUUUGAAGGUUUUGGGAACUCAUUUGUUGUAUCGGAGGAGCAGAAGCUUGAUUGGAAUGAUAUGUUUGGCAUAAUGACUCUUCCUCCUAGUAUCCGCAGAGUGGACUUGUUUCAGAAGUUGCCUUCAAAGCUCAGGGACAUCAUGGAAGCAUACAGCAAAGAAAUCAAGAGCCUGGCAAUGAUAAUCCUAUGUCAACUGGGAAAGGCUUUAAGGAUGGAUGAAAAAGAAAUGACAGAUCUAUUCAGCGACGGUAUGCAGACAAUGAGAAUGAAUUAUUAUCCACCUUGCCCUGAACCACACAAAACCAUUGGCUUUAGCCCUCAUUCUGAUGCUGAUGCCCUCACCAUCCUUUUCCAGUUAGAUGACACUGAUGGCCUCCAAGUCCGAAAAGACGAUGUUUGGGUACCUAUAAAGCCCCUUCCAAAUGCUUUGAUUGUGAAUAUUGGCGAUAUGAUGGAG